UUAAAAAAAAAAACAUCUCGUGUCAAGAGAACAUUUCGGGCCUUUUAAUAUUUUAAACUAGACGCCGCCACCACCCUCCUCCUCCUCCUCCUCCUCUCCCCUCGUUUCUCUCUUCGGGGAGUGCCUGCGCCGUUUCUUUUUGCCGCCGACUCCCCCCUUCUCGGCGUCCGCCACCGACCGAGGGCGAGGAAGAUGAACCCCAGCGCGCCCAGCUACCCGAUGGCCUCCCUGUACGUCGGCGACCUCCACCCGGAUGUGACCGAGGCCAUGCUGUACGAGAAGUUCAGCCCCGCCGGGCCCAUCCUGUCCAUCCGCGUCUGCCGGGACAUGAUCACCCGGCGCUCCCUCGGCUACGCUUAUGUGAAUUUCCAGCAGCCGGCCGACGCUGAGCGAGCCUUGGACACCAUGAACUUCGACGUGAUCAAGGGCAAGCCUGUUCGGAUCAUGUGGUCUCAGCGUGACCCUUCUCUGAGGAAGAGUGGGGUUGGCAACAUCUUCAUCAAGAACCUGGACAAGUCCAUCGAUAACAAAGCCCUUUACGACACCUUCUCGGCCUUUGGGAACAUCCUGUCCUGCAAGGUGGUGUGUGAUGAAAAUGGUUCAAAGGGCUAUGGGUUUGUUCACUUUGAGACCCAGGAGGCUGCUGAGAGAGCCAUCGAAAAGAUGAACGGCAUGUUGCUUAAUGACAGAAAAGUGUUUGUGGGGCGUUUUAAAUCCCGCAAGGAGCGCGAGGCCGAGCUUGGGGCCAGAGCUAAAGAGUUCACAAAUGUUUACAUCAAGAAUUUUGGAGAAGACAUGGAUGAUGAAAAGCUUAAAGAGAUCUUUGGGAAAUAUGGACCGGCCCUGAGCAUCAGAGUAAUGACCGACGACAGCGGGAAAUCAAAGGGCUUCGGCUUUGUGAGCUUUGAGAGGCACGAGGACGCACAAAAAGCUGUGGACGACAUGAACGGGAAGGAGAUCAACGGCAAGCAGAUCUACGUGCCGGGCCGGGCCCAGAAGAAGGUCGAGCGGCAGACGGAGCUGAAGCGCAAGUUCGAGCAGAUGAAGCAGGACCGCAUGACUCGCUACCAGGGAGUCAAUCUCUACGUGAAGAACCUGGAUGAUGGAAUUGACGACGAGCGGCUGCGCAAAGAGUUUUCCCCGUUCGGCACCAUUACAAGUGCGAAGGUCAUGAUGGAGGGCGGCCGCAGCAAGGGCUUCGGCUUCGUGUGCUUCUCCUCGCCGGAGGAGGCCACCAAGGCGGUGACGGAGAUGAACGGCAGGAUCGUGGCCACCAAGCCUCUGUACGUGGCGCUGGCUCAGCGCAAGGAGGAGCGCCAGGCUCACCUCACCAACCAGUACAUGCAGAGGAUGGCCAGCGUGAGAGCCGUGCCCAACCCCGUCAUCAACCCGUACCAGCCAGCCCCGCCCUCCGGCUACUUCAUGGCCGCCAUCCCGCCGACGCAGAACCGUGCUGCAUACUACCCCACCAGCCAGCUGGCACAGCUGAGACCCAGCCCUCGCUGGGCAACCCAGGGCGUGAGACCGCAGCAUUUCCAGAACAUGCCCAGUGCCAUCCGCCCUUCUGCCCCGAGGCCGCAGACCUUCAACGCGAUGAGACCGACGUCUUCCCAGGUGCCUCGCAUGAUGUCCACCGGACAGCGCGUCGCCACCCAGACCAUGGGCCCUCGCCCUGCCACUGCGGCGGCGGCCGCGGCAGCGACCCCAGGGGUGCGGGGCGUCCCCCAGUACAAGUAUGCUGCUGGAGUCCGCAACACUCAACAGCACUUGAACGCGCAGCCACAGGUGACCAUGCAGCAGCCUGCAGUGCACGUCCAAGGUCAGGAACCCUUGACAGCUUCCAUGCUGGCUGCUGCUCCUCCACAGGAGCAGAAGCAGAUGCUGGGUGAGCGUCUGUUCCCUCUCAUCCAGAACAUGCAUCCCAGCCUGGCAGGAAAGAUCACUGGCAUGCUCCUGGAGAUCGACAAUUCCGAGCUCCUGCACAUGCUGGAGUCUCCCGAGUCCCUGCGCUCCAAGGUUGAUGAAGCAGUGGCUGUGCUGCAGGCUCACCAGGCCAAAGAGGCUGCUCAGAAAUCUGUGACUAAUUCUGCUGGUGUUCCAAGUGUCUAAGCCAAGGUAUGGGGGACCUUGAAACUUGCUUCACCGAAUGGGAAAAAAAACUAAACAUUGAAAAAAGCCAAAACACACAAAACAUCGCAAAAAAAAUAAUAAAAUCUAUAAAAAAAGGAAAGGAAACCAGAUCAACCAAAGCCAGGUCUAGAAAAGCUAAUGCUAGGCCUAGAUAUAAAAAAAAUUGAAAAAAAUGAAAAAUUAAAAAUAAAAAAAUUAAUCGGGGGUUUGAAAAUUUAUUGCAAAACAGGAAACAGAUCAUUCCUUUCUUACUUUUUAUUCCUUUUACUGUGUGAAUGCCCAGAAUAUCAACACUGUUUUAGUUGGCAGUGAGAUUUGAUAGCUGAGCAUUGUGAAAAGUAAUGGAUUGAAAAAUGCUUGCUUUAAUAAAAUAUUAAAACAGUGA